GACCAUCAUUGCAAGGCAUUUUCGCUGCUCUUCCAGGGUAGGUUGGGACGACGCUUUCUCCUUCUUCUCCAAUCUUCCUGCUGCGGAAAAGUGGGAAGACAGGGGCAGAGGGACAAGUUCCACGGCCGCCGGAGUAGCUCUCUCAUAUUAUUUUGUAUAAUUGCCGACCAUUUCUGGGUAUUGACUCUCUCUCUCCGUCUUUGGGUGAAACAGAAUAAACAAAAACGGAUACUGGGGAAUAAGAUUUUUGGUGCUUCUUUAACGAAGAUAUUUGGUUCCCGAGAUUAGCUUGCUUGCCUUUACGAGAUGGCUUGGUUUAGAGCAGCUGCUUCUGGGCUAGCCAGAGCGGCUGUUAGAAAGAACUUAGCUAGGGCUUCUUAUUCGACUCGAAGAACAUGGACGGCUCCGUCAUAUGGCCGCGCAUUCCAUUCCACAGUUCGAAAAUCACAAGCCCAAGUGGCUCCUGUCCCUCAUCCAGUGCCACUUUCGAGGCUGACUGAUAGCUUCCUCAAUGGUACGAGCAGUGUUUAUCUGGAGGAGUUGCAGAGAGCUUGGGAGGCUGACCCAUCAAGUGUAGAUGAAUCUUGGGACAAUUUCUUCCGUAAUUUUGUUGGGCAGGCUGCAACCUCGCCAGGGAUUUCGGGGCAGACAAUUCAGGAAAGUAUGCGUCUCUUGUUGCUUGUUAGAGCAUACCAAGUCAACGGGCACAUGAAAGCUAAGUUGGAUCCUCUAGGAUUGGAGGAAAGAGAAAUACCAGUCGAUCUUGAUCCAGCACUUUACGGCUUCACGGAUGCAGACUUGGAUAGAGAGUUUUUCCUUGGGGUCUGGCGGAUGGCUGGUUUCCUUUCUGAGAAUCGCCCAGUUCUGACUCUCAGAACAAUUCUGAACAAGCUUGAACGGGCCUACUGUGGAACAAUUGGAUAUGAGUACAUGCAUAUUGCAAACCGUGACCAGUGUAACUGGUUGAGAGAUAAAAUUGAGACGGUGAAUCCAAGAGGAUACAGUCAGCAGCGCCGUGAAGUUAUACUUGAUAGGCUUAUCUGGAGCACUGAAUUUGAGAAUUUCUUGGCUACUAAGUGGACAGCAGCAAAGCGAUUUGGUCUUGAAGGUGGAGAGACUCUCAUUCCUGGUAUGAAAGAAAUGUUUGAUAGGUCAGCAGAUCUUGGUGUUGAAAGUAUUGUUAUUGGCAUGUCUCACAGAGGAAGAUUGAAUGUUUUGGGCAAUGUGGUCAGGAAGCCCUUGCGUCAAAUCUUCAGUGAAUUUAGUGGUGGCACAAAGCCUGUUGAUGAGGUUGGGCUAUACACAGGAACUGGCGACGUGAAAUAUCAUUUGGGUACAUCCUAUGAUCGACCAACCAGGGGUGGGAAGAGAAUUCAUCUGUCUUUGGUGGCAAACCCAAGUCAUCUAGAGGCUGUGGAUCCAGUUGUACUUGGAAAAACUCGGGCAAAGCAGUAUUACUCUAAUGAUGUGGAUAGGACUAAAAACAUGGGUGUGUUGAUCCAUGGGGAUGGAAGUUUUGCAGGACAAGGUGUGGUCUAUGAAACUUUGCAUCUUAGUGCCCUUCCAAAUUAUUCAACUGGUGGGACAAUUCACAUUGUUGUUAACAACCAAGUGGCAUUUACUACUGAUCCAAGAUCUGGUAGAUCUUCUCAGUAUUGUACAGAUGUUGCAAAGGCUUUAAAUGCACCUAUUUUCCACGUCAAUGGUGAUGAUGUUGAAGCUGUUGUUCAUGUUUUUGAACUUGCUGCUGAAUGGCGUCAGACAUUUCACUCAGAUGUGGUUGUGGACUAUGUAUGUUACCGUCGGUUUGGACACAAUGAGAUUGAUGAGCCAUCUUUUACACAGCCCAAAAUGUAUCAGGUAAUUAGGAAUCAUCCCCGAGCCAUGGAUAUCUAUGAGAAACAACUUAUAGAGUUUGGGCAGCUAACUAAGGAAGAUGUUUCUGCAAUACAUCAGAAAGUGAACUCUAUUCUUAAUGAAGAAUUUAUAAGCAGCAAAGAUUAUGUGCCAAAGAGAAGGGAUUGGCUUUCUGCAUAUUGGUCUGGGUUCAAGUCUCCUGAGCAGCUUUCUCGUAUCCGCAACACAGGGGUGAAGCCAGAAAUUCUAAAGAACGUUGGAAAAGCCAUUACCACACUUCCUGAGACAUUCAAGCCUCACCGAGCAGUCAAAAAGAUUUUUGAGCAACGAGCACAGAUGAUUGAAACAGGAGAAGGCAUUGAUUGGGCUGUUGGGGAGGCACUUGCAUUUGCUACACUAUUAGUAGAAGGAAACCAUGUUCGACUGAGUGGUCAGGAUGUUGAACGAGGUACUUUUAGCCAUCGCCAUGCAGUCCUGCAUGACCAGGAAACAGGAGAGCAGUACUGCCCACUUGAUCACCUUACCACAAACCAAGAUGAGGAAAUGUUUACUGUUAGCAACAGCUCACUCUCUGAAUUUGGUGUCCUGGGGUUUGAAUUGGGCUAUUCGAUGGAAAAUCCAAAUUCACUGAUCUUGUGGGAAGCUCAGUUUGGAGACUUUGCAAAUGGUGCUCAAGUAAUGUUUGAUCAGUUUUUAAGUAGUGGAGAGUCUAAAUGGCUUCGCCAAACUGGCCUGGUGGUGUUGCUUCCACAUGGUUAUGAUGGCCAGGGGCCUGAGCAUUCAAGUGCAAGAUUGGAGCGCUUUCUUCAGAUGAGUGAUGACAAUCCUUUUGUGAUACCUGAAAUGGAUCCCACUCUUAGGAAGCAGAUCCAAGAGUGCAAUUGGCAGGUUGUGAAUGUAACCACUCCUGCCAAUUAUUUCCACGUUUUACGUCGCCAGAUACACAGGGAAUUCAGAAAACCGUUGAUUGUCAUGUCUCCAAAGAAUCUGCUUCGUCACAAAGAUUGUAAAUCAAAUCUGUCAGAGUUUGAUGAUGUCCAAGGCCACCCAGGUUUUGACAAGCAAGGAACACGUUUCAAGCGUCUGAUAAAGGACCAGAAUGACCACUCUCUUCUUGAGGAGGGCAUCCGACGUUUGGUUCUUUGCUCGGGAAAGGUUUAUUAUGAACUGGAUGAAGAACGGAAGAAAGUAGGUGCUAAAGAUAUUGCAAUCUGCAGAGUUGAGCAGCUUUGUCCAUUCCCUUACGACCUUAUCCAGAGAGAGCUGAAGAGAUACCCAAAGGCUGAGAUUGUUUGGUGCCAGGAAGAGCCAAUGAACAUGGGUGCUUAUCACUACAUCACACCCCGUCUGACGACUGCCAUGAAAGCACUGGGUAGAGGGGGAUACGAGGACGUCAAGUACGUAGGACGAGCACCAUCUGCUGCCACAGCUACUGGUUUCUAUCAAGCGCAUGUUCAGGAACAAACCGAACUGGUGCAGAAAGCAAUGCAACCUGAGCCAAUUAAGUUCCCAUGAGGCACUGGCUACAUUCAGAUGUUAUACUAUUUUCUCAGAAAUAAUAAUGUCAGGAAGUUGUAUCGAGGUACUUGAGUCGAAUGCAUUUGCAUUUGUGGCCUCUCCAUUUUUUCUUUUGUUCCUGCUGUCAAUUUUGUCCCUGAGAACAAUUAAGUGAAUCGUAAAGUGCUCAAAUAUUUCUGCAUUAA